AUGUAAACAGCUGAAUUAGUAUUUUAGCAUAAACAAUGCACACUUCCUUAGUUUGAGAAGGUGUACAAGGAGGCAAUUUAAUUGUUGAGCCAAAAAAUAGCGAAUUCAAAAUAGCAACUACAAGAGGAGCAGGAUAAUUUAGUAUCAAUUGAUGAAAGGUUGAAAACAACUCCGGCAUUAAAUAGUAAUAAUCACAGAAUUCCAAUGAGACUAACACUGCAUUCAGCAUCAGUAUUGAAUCUGCAAUUGCACAACAAAUUUAUGGUUGGAUCUUUUGCAUUUUACAUGAAGAUAGAAGAUUACUAUGAAUACGAGAGUGAUUUCAAACCAAGUUACAAUUUGUAAUUCUAGAUUGAUCAAACUAUUGAUAUUUUGGAUGUUGGUGACAGCAUCCUAUUGGCUUUGAAUACAAAUACCUAAAAUUAGAUGAACACUACCAUAGUGAUACCGACAUACUCCUUGCAGUUUAAUAAAAAUGUUACUGAACUACUGACUUAAAAAGAGAAUGGGGAGUUGUUAGAAAUUGAAAUUACAUAUGAAAUUAAAGUCUUAGAUUAGAAGUUAUUGAAUCUCCAAUUAAAUUAGGCUAGAAAUCUAGUAAUAUCAUAUAUCAAGAAAUUCAAAGAUGAAUUAGAAGAUUAUUAAUUGUAAUUGCAAGACUUGAGAUAGGUCAAGAUUCCUUAUAAUAAUGAGAUUUCAAAUGAAUUAAAUGACGGAUAAUAAAAUCACAGUAGACAAGAGCCAUCGCAAAACACGUAUACAAUUGGAGUUCCAGAUUAUUAUCACAAACCUUUGGAAUUGUAAAGUUAGGAUUGCUAAUUAAAUCCUUAACCUCAGGAAAGAUAAUCAAGUAUCAUACCUUACUUAAUUGGACUCAUUUUAGCUUCAUUUAGCAAUUUAUUUAUUAAUGCGUUGUUUGAAUUAUCUUUUGUAAUGAUUGUUUUGAUCGUGGUUUUAAAAGAGGAUAAAACAACUACAUUUACAAAAGCAAUGAUCCUAUUAUCAUGGAUAAUGUUUGGAUUGAAUUUAUGGUUGCACCAAUCAUAGAUAUUAAUCAACAUAACAAGUAUAUAAAUAGGGUGGUUAGGAUUAUGUAUGUUAUAAUUAUAUAAAAUUUAUUUAAUUUUUUUAUGA